AUGCCUAAUAGAUCUAUAGGCGGAGGCAGAGUGUUAGGCAGUGGACGGUCGAUAAAUCCUGUUCCCCCAAAGCCACCACCGAAGGGUUGCUCGUCGAAUGCUAUAUCCCCAUCUGCCAGCAGUGUUUCUCUGGCCUCACAGGCCUCCAACUCGCAGGUCUCAUCAGACACACAAGACCUAUCCUCGAGGAUAUUCUUAAAAAAUGGAGAUUCAUCUAUAGCCAAAACUACCCGCGGCGCUGGGGCGCUGGUUUGUCCUAUCUGCAAUGAAGGGAUGGUAACACUCUUACAGCUGAACAGACACCUUGAUGACGUGCACCGGAACCUCGAGGAUGAACAACAAGUGGAGGUGAAGGACUGGUUUCAGAUGCAGGUUGACAAGGCCAAGCGAUUUCAACCUCUCGCUGUGCUUAAUCAGAAGCUCAAGGGCCUAGAAGUCUUUGAAUCCAACCAGAAUACACAGCCUCUACCACCCUCAACUCGAUCGGCUGCUGAAAGCUCAGUUUCAGAGGCCCCCAAACCCAUCGAUCCCGAUGAUUUAAUAACCAAGACCCACUGGCAGCAGCGGUUACUUAAUGACGUUUGUUUGGACCCUAUGUGUGAGAAGCGCCUCACGGUGACAAAUGGAUGUAUUAACUGCAGAAAAUGUGGCCGUCUGUUCUGCGAGGACCACACCAUGUACCAGAUGAAACUAUCAAGAUCUGCCCAACAUGAGCCGGUUCGUGGAUUUUGGUAUCGGGUCUGUGAAACUUGCUAUAAGUCGAGGGAGGGCUAUAAUGACCUUAAUGGAGUGGAACGUGAUCACACCGAGACAUUUAAAGCUCUUCGGAAACCUACGAUUGACAAAGCCUUUCUUGAAAUCUCUAGGUUGGAAAAGAGAUUAACCCGUCUGACGCAACUCCUUGCUGGACUACCUGCAGAGCAAGUACAGUCUAAAAGAUGGCCCAUUGGCUGGCAGACAGACCAAAGGAAAGUGCUCGAGCAGUCUAUUGUCAGCUGGCAGGAUGAUGCAGAGGUUUCAAGCUGCCCUUUUUGCCAGCAAGAAUUCUCUGCCUACAUUUUCCGAAGACAUCAUUGCAGAACGUGUGGUAGGGUCGUCUGUGGCGAUCCAACAACUGGAUGUUCCUCUCUAAUAAACCUGGAUGUGACCAAAUCAAACCCUCGAUUGUCAGAAAAGCCAGCCCCAGAUAAAGUUAACCUCGAUGUGCGGUUAUGUAAAGACUGCAAGUCUACAAUAUUUAGCAAAAGAGACUUUAUCGAAGACACGGCAAAGGAACCGCCGGACGCCCGUGCCUACAAGAAUCUUAUACAGUUCGAACGAGGCAUUCGCCUAUUGUUACCGCGAUUUCACAAAAUUUUAGCCGCUCUUCAAGACCCUGAAAACCCGCCAAAACCGGCUCAACUAACGGAGGCAUCGAAGGUUCGUAAACGGCUUAUGGAUUCAUUCGCACAAUACGAUGUAGCCGCAAGGCGUAUUCGCGACCACCCGACACAAUCUCCGACACAAGAAAAGCUCCAACAAGCGAUAUAUCGCCAAGCUACAGGCUUCCUUCACCUCCACAUGCUUCCGCUUAAAACGCUUCCCAAGAUCUUAAAACAUGCCACUCCUCAUGGCAGGCAUUUUAGUAGCUUCGAUUCAUCAUCUUCGGACGGCAGACGACUAAAUGGGGGAACUAGCACCGCUCAACCCCGUUCUCUGGCUGCUAUUAAGUACGGUAACCCCGAUCAAGGGGGCAGCAGCACUAGCUUGGCUAGUAAUAACAGCAGUGCGCUCUCAACGCUCGAAGAAGAAGAGAAGGAGCUGCGCGAUCGGCUUAUUGUUCUCGAAGAGCAGAGAUUCUUCGUCUCUGAAAUGAUUGCUGAUGCCAACAAACGGCGUAAAUUCGACGAGGCUAGUAGCCUUGCUCAGAACGUCGCGGAUCUGAAUAAGGAAAUAGACCACGUUAAUGGCAUGAUCAGUCAGUUGGACUUUGAAAGCCUCUAUACUGGCGAUGCGAACCAGUGA